AUGGCGGAACCUUCAUCGUCUUUAUCACCUAAAUCUCUACAAUCUCCUAAUCCUAUGGAACCUUCUCCUGCACCUCCACCAUCUUCAUCGCAACAAAACAUGACAGCUCCGAUUUCGAAUUCCGUCAAUUCGGCUCCGUCUCCGGCAAUGGCUGUAACGACCACCGAAGGUGUAAUCCAGAACAGUAGUAACAACAAUUCGCAAUCGAACAUCGCCUCUCCGAACCCAACAGUUGGAUAG